CACAGAGCCAAUAUUUAUUUAUUUAUUGGACGAUCAGAUCUAGACUCAUGCAUGCUCGUAUAGCACUUUCUCAUCGCCCAAAACAGCAUGUCUAUCAUGACCCAUGCAGCCUCAAGACCCUCACAGCAUUCCCGCCCAUGACCCCCCUCGCCUUGUCCGACCCCUCACCGAGCGCCUUGUUGACGGCCUCGGCGUUCAUGCCCACGCUCUCCCACUCGCCGUCCUCGUCGGUGCCCAGCGGCGGGAAGAAGGGGUGGUCGGUCCCGAACAUGAGCCUGUCCGCGCCGCCGCUGGCCUCGAUGGCCGCGUUGAGGCCCACCUCGCUGUAGAUGACGGCGUCCAGGUAGACCUGGCUCCGGAGCACGUCCCACACGGUCCGCCUGCCCGCGCCGACCUUGCCCUCGCGCACCAGGUGCCCGUCGUGCAGCACGCAGCUCUCGAUCCUGCCGGCCAGGAAGGGCAGCGUGCCGCCGCUGUGCGCCAGGAUCAUCUGCAGCGCGGGCACGGCGUCGAACACGCCCGCCAGGUACAUGCGCGCCACCGCGAUGGUCGUCUCCAUGGGGAACCCCAGCGCCAGCGGCAGCACGUGGCCGUACUCGCCCGACGCCCGCGGGCCCCACACCUCGUUGGGCAGGCCGUAGUGCGGGUGCAGGAAGAUGGUCAGCCCCGCGUCGGCGAGGGCCUGGAAGAUGGGGAGCAGGGCCGCGUCGUCCAGGCCCUUGCCCAGCCCCGAGGUCCCCAGGAUCACGCCGCGGCAGUAGUCCAGCCCUUUGAGCUGUGCGAUGGACUCCUGUAUCGUGGCCAGCGUCGCGGUGAGCGGGAGGGUGCCGAAGAAGAAGAGCCGUCCGGGGUGGGCGGCGCACAUGUCGCUGAACUCCUUGUUGACCGAGGCUGCAAACGGCCCGGCCUCGGAUGGGUCAAGAAAGUCCAGCCAUGGGUUCGCGAGCGAUAUGACGGAUAUGUCGAUCUUGUGGGUGUCCAUAAAAUGUAUCUUCUGCGCCAGCGACGAGUAGUGCUUGGUCAGAGGCCGCCCUGGUGGUUUGGCCGAUGCAUCGUCGGCGCCCGAGAGGGACGGCACCUCUGCCUCGAGCAGGAUCAGUCGCGGAUCCGGCGAGCUGGCAAACUUGCGGACCAGAGGGAUUGUGGACCGUGAUUCCAGGAUCUGGACGUAGGAAGGAGGGUACAUGUGGGUGUGGAUGUCCACCACCUUUGACGGUGAGGCGCUCGAAGGAUCGGCCAUGGUGUGGUCUGUGGUGGCGUGAGUGAAUGAACGACUGCCUGACUGACUGAUUGGGCUGGCCAGCAACAACAGCAACAAUAAUCAGGAACCAAUGAGUGAAGACAGGGCAGACAAGUCUAUUAGUAUGGAAUAAAAAGAAGCUCGCGACCCCAGCAUGUGCUGCCGGAAGGAUCGACAGGAAGGGGAAAGCUACCCCGCGGGCCCCUCCUUCCACCUGGGUACAGGGUACGGAUACACUAUCGUCCCCUUUCCCACGGGCAGCAUCUUAUCUCGACUUCCACAGGGGCGCCUGGUCAAACCGGCCGACUUCUUAUCAACGGGUAGCCACUGUCAAGAGAAUUUGACACUAAUUGGGCCAUGUCGAGUCUCGGCCCUAUAACAGUCGAAUGUCAUUCUUAUUCGCCUGCCAUUUAGAGCCGCCCCGUGAGCCUGAGCCGGAGACCGCCGCUCUCACUCCUCUAGAACGUGCUGCCUAUUUUUUGUGCACACUUCAACUCCAUCCUCAUCACCGAUAGGCCCGUUGGAGUCUCGAGUAACACAGACAUCAUGGAGAAGGCCGCCGUUGACGAGCAGGGGCUCAUGAUCCCGUUGAUCGACCUGUCCAAGUUCCUGCACGGAGACGCCACCCAGCGCAAGGAGACGGCCAACGCGAUCCUGAGUGGCUUCCAGAAUGCGGGCUUCAUCUACCUCAAGAACCUCCCCAUCUCGCCCGAGACGCGCAAGCAUGUCUUCGGCACCAGCGCCAAGUUCUUCAACGGGCUCAGUCUAGAGGAGAAGCUGGCACUCGGGUGGACGACUCCAGAGGCGAACAGGGGCUACUCGGCCCCGGGCCGCGAGAAGCUGACCCUCGUCGAGGAGGAGAAGGAUGUGGCCAAGUUGAAGGCCAGCACGGCCGACAUCAAGGAGAGCUUCGAGAUUGGCCGCGAGGGCGACCCGGACUACCCAAACCGGUGGCCAGAAGAGAAGCCCGGCACGGCGGUGGACGGGUUCAAGUCGACGAUGCUGGACUUCCACGAGCAGUGCAAGCGCAUCCACGUCGAGGUCAUGCGCGCCAUCGCCGUGGGCAUGGGCCUCGGCGAGGACCACUUUGACGGCUUUGUCGACGUCGGCGACAACACCCUGCGCCUGCUGCACUACCCGGCCGUCAAGAGCGAGGUGUUCAAGGUCAACCCGGGCCAGGUCCGGGCCGGCGCGCACUCGGACUACGGCAGCAUCACGCUGCUCUUCCAGGACGGCGCCGGCGGCCUGCAGGUCCAGAGCCCCAACGGCCAGUUCGUGGAUGCGACGCCCAUCGAGGACACUUGUGUCGUGAAUGCCGGUGACCUCCUCGCGAGGUGGAGCAACGACACCAUCAAGAGCACCAUCCACCGCGUGGUCGAGCCGCCCAGGAAGUCCGAUGAGCACCCCGCCCGUUACAGCAUCGCGUUAGUUUUACCACUGGGCACGAUCCCCUCGAGAACCGUGUUGCUGACCUGCCGGCACAGUUACUUUUGCAACCCCAAUUUCAAAAGCUACAUCGAGGCCAUCCCUGGCACGUUCGCGGCAGAAACGGACAAGAAGUAUGCCGGUAUCACUAGCGGGCAGUAUCUGGUGCAAAGACUCACUGCGACUUAUUAAAUGGAAAAUGGAAAUGAAUGUAUGAAAUGGAACGAAUCGAGAAAGUUGUUUGCCGAAAAGACCGUUUGUUUGACUGGCUGAGAGUUAUGUAAUUUAGACCGUAUCUUUCGACCGUAAAUUUCCACCGUGAGCGU